UACGGAUUUUAUAGAGAAUGACGCCGAUUGACGUGGAUGUGGGGGCUUGACCCCACUCCGUCGAGGUAGCACUUCCGGGUGAUGCUGACGCUGACCUCUGCCCCCGUGACCCCUCCCUCUUCCUUUCCGGUGUUGGGUGCCCGAGAAGACGCACAAAAAUGGCACCGCGUAAGGGUAAGGAGAAGAAGGAAGAGCAGGUCAUCAGCUUGGGACCGCAGGUUGCCGAAGGGGAAAAUGUGUUUGGCGUCUGCCAUAUCUUCGCUUCCUUCAAUGACACUUUCGUCCAUGUAACUGAUCUCUCCGGCAAGGAAACUAUCUGCCGAGUGACUGGUGGUAUGAAGGUGAAGGCCGACAGAGACGAGUCUUCGCCCUAUGCUGCUAUGUUGGCAGCUCAGGAUGUUGCCCAGCGGUGCAAGGAGCUGGGCAUCACUGCCCUUCACAUCAAGCUGCGAGCUACAGGUGGAAAUAGGACCAAGACUCCUGGACCUGGUGCCCAGUCAGCCCUCAGAGCUCUAGCUCGUUCUGGAAUGAAGAUUGGGCGCAUUGAGGAUGUCACCCCCAUCCCCUCUGACAGCACUCGCAGAAAGGGUGGUCGCCGGGGUCGUCGUCUGUAAACCGUGGCUGGCUUUUGUUUCAUCAUUAAAUCUCUCAAAAAAAUUUCUGUUCUCAUUUGUGUUCUCUUAACACGAUCUAUGAUCAGAAGGCUAGCCUUCGGUGUCGUGUGUCCUUUGGUUGUCAUUUGAAAGCCCUGUGGUUGUAAUGUCUUGUUUUCAUGGAAACGUUCAGAAGUCUGAAUUACAUACACAAAUAGCUUGAUCUCGGAAGAUAGGUUUCCUGUUUAUGUUGUAGGGCUCCUGUUCACACAGCUACACCAGGGGUGCCAUAUUUGUGUAUAAACUGGUAGAGCAGUUUAAAAGCACUCUAAAAUUACAGCCCCACCAGACGUUCUAAGCCAUGUUAUACUUCCAGUUACAUUUCUAUGAAAAAUACUCUCUUCCUAGUAAUUUUGUGCUCCCUGCUGUCAUAUUUACCCUUCACUAAUUCCUGUCAUGAUCAUAUGGAAGGUAUGCGCUCAUCUGUGCUAAAUGUAUAUUCCAGGUGUCAGCCCAGGGAGGUUUAAAAGCAGAGAGUGGAACUGCCUACAUUCUGUGACUCGGAAGCCCCUCUCCAUGUUGAAAGGUGUUACCCGUCUUUGGGUGGCUCUAUUUCAAGCUUGAAGAUAAUCUUCCUAAUAUCGUCAGACAAAGCCCCACUCCUUUGUUCUGCCAGUGUCAGGGUGACGUCCAAAAUGGCUUCUGAUACUCUGCUACCUUCGUUACUAUAUAUGUUUUUCAAACAAGUUGUCCUCUCAGCAAAGCCCCAUGUCCUAUAAUGCAGGAAGCCCAGUAUCAUGCAGUGCUUUGUUCUUGCCCCUCUCCCAGUAGAAUAGCCUUUAUUUUGAAAUGGCACUUUUUUUAUGCUGUCCCAAGCGUGCUGCAGAUUGUUGUUAAGAUUCGUAAUGACUGUAGGUGUUGCAGGGAGCGAGUGGAUUUGACAAGUCGAUGUGGCAUUCGGCCCUUUUUUGGUCCCUAAGCGGCAGUUACAGCCUUCAAUGCUGUGGAAAAGAUGUCUCAUUUUUCCCCGCUCAAGCAGAAGUGGAUUCAAACGGAAAGGAACAGGGUUUGAAUUCUUCCUUCCACGCCUUAGCAAACCUUAACAGUAACUACAUACCCUACUGGACAAAUACCUCCUGGUUUUUGCCACGAAGCAAUAGCAGGCAAGUAUGUUAACUUGAAGCUUCUGCUAAAAUACAGCAGUGAAAUAGUUAAUGUCACCAUUUCAAGUAUUAUUAGACUUGAGAAUCAAUGUCUCCAUUGAAAUAAAAGGGGCAGUUUGUAAGUCUGAGCUGUUUAAUUGAAAGUUUAGAUUCUGAAGCACUAUUAUGCAGCAAACUCAGAGUAACUUAAGUGGUUCAGACUCAUGAUAUACACAAGGCCCUACAUAUUGGAGACAUGGGCUCAGAAAUUGAGUGCUGUGGUCUCCUGUGAGACCUUGGCCGAGACUUCAGCCUGCCUUUGAACCUUUAGGUUUGAGAAUGAACAUAAAAAGAUGGAGCUACUUUCACGUAUGCCCUUGCCAGCUUUGGCUCUUAAAACACUAGUCUCCCAUAAGAGGAUUUGUCCUUGGCCUCUCUCCCUUCCUCAGAUACUGGAGAGGACCCUCAGAUUGAAUCCCUUUUCCAGGUAAUUGGCUAGACGUGGUUCUGAGUCUGAACCAGCACGGAGCACCGCCAUGCAGCCCCUUGUGGCUCUGUGUUGCCUUCCAACUCGGUGCGUCUCUCCUUACACUGCAGGGGCUGCGAUUUAAAUGGUGGAGAAGAGAUGCUUAUAACUGAAGCCACUGCUGGGGUUUAUUUUUGUUAAUAGCCUUUGUUCAAAACCAACUGUAGCUCUGCAGCUUGCAGACCCUUUGUCCUGACUUCUUGGAGACACGCCUGCUUUGGGAAUGAUCUGCUGACAGUGCCACUUUAUCUCGUCCAGCGUCUUUCUUGUGGACUGUUACUUUAAUAGCUGAUAUUCUUGGAAUUCCCCUUUGUGUGAAACAUCCCUUGCCUGGAUGGGUGCUAGCGUCUCCCCUGACAUAGCCAAACUGUCAUUUGUAGCUUUAUACAUAUCAUUGUUACAUGGAAAGGCUUUUAGAAAUAAAGGUUUUGUCCUGUU